GAGGGGAGAGUGCGGAGUCGGGAGUUGGGGGCUCAGAGAGAGACAUUCCCGGCCAUGCACCCUCCCCAGCACUCCGCUCCCCCCGCUCCCCCCGCUCCCCCCAACGAGAGCCCCCUGGUCAAGCGGCCCAUGAACGCCUUUAUGGUCUGGUCCAGCGGGGAGAGAAAGCGCAUGUCCGCCCGGCACCCCAAGAUGCACAACUCGGAGAUCAGCCGCCGCCUGGGGGAGAUAUGGCGGGGCCUGGGGGAGGACGAGCGGAGACCCUUCCGGGAGGAGGCCAAGCGGCUCCGGGCUCAGCAUGCUAUAGACUACCCGGGCUACAAGUACGCGCCCCGCAAGAAGCGCAAGGAGAGGGGGGAGCCCCCCAAAGUGGCCCCUCAGGCCCCCCUGCCCUGCCCCCCCGGCUCCCCGCCCCCCCGGGACCCCCAGCUGCACCCCCCGCCGCCUCCUACUCACUACAACGGCUUCCAGGAUGGAUACGGGUACCUGCCCUACCCCUGCCCCCCCCGCCCGGAGCCCUUUCUGCCCUCAGUGAGUGACGUGUCGGCGCUUUACGGCUUCGGACUGUACGAUUACGGGGAGCACAGGGGGGCCCCCCAGCAGGUUCAGUACCAGACACUGGAAGUGGACGGAACCUCGUUCACUGACCUCUGACCCCUGUGAGUGCGAGGGUCUCGGCAGGACCACCAGGAGGCGCUUGACUCCCCCGCGUGGGGACCUUUCAGGGAAUGGGGGGUCCCGCUGUGACAGGUGCAUGAUGGGAUUCUCACCUGUCAGGACCUGCCCCCGCAUAGGACCUUAAUGCAGUGAUGGGGCUGUACCAAGUGGCCUUAUUGGGAGGGGGGGAUGCACUCAAUGACUUUCCUUGUACAAGGGCUCCCCCUCCUGGCAGCUAUGGGGAUUUCAUUAUUGAUUCCGUUACAGAAAUUAUUAGGGGGGGGGGGGGGUGACGUCGGACUUUUCUAGAAUUGAAGGUUUUUGUGUUUUUAGGGCAACUUGGGGGGUUUUGUCGCAAACACUGUCGUCCGGAUCCUUUUAUAUCAGAGACUUCAUUCAAACUGGAAUUUAUUGUGUUUUUCUAGAAAUGUUUUUAUUACUAUAAAGGUACUAGCUGA